CGCCGGUCUCCGGAAUCCACAUGACACACUGGCUCCCUGCUGGUGGCCAUGUUAUUCCUAGCUACGCAGCUACUACUCACUUCACCAGUGGCAGUAGGUCCUCCGUUGAUGAUUCAUCCAUCUGGGGGACGGAGUAUCUCUGACAUACAGUAUAUGGUAGCUCCAUGGUCGAUAUAAAUGUCUCCUUUGCUGCUGCUCCUCCUCUUCCUUGCUAGCUAGCUGCUCGCGUCUAUCACUACAGUAGUUAGACUGUCUAUCCAUCCAUAAGGCUAUCCUGUUCCUGUACUGCGCUACAGUGGCGGUGGUGCAGAGUGCAGAGCAGAGAUGAGCUCCACUACCAGAGCUCAUCAGCUCCCUGUACAUCUCGUCGCAGCCGCCGUCAUCGUGGCAUGGGCGUGCUGCGGCUUCCGCUCGUCGGAGGCGCAGCUGCAGGUGGGCUACUACAACUACACCUGCCCGGGAGCCGAGAGCCUCAUCGAGACCAUCGUCCACGCCGCCGUCCGCAAGGACGCCGGCAACGGGCCAGGGCUCAUCCGCCUCUUCUUCCACGACUGCUUCGUCAGGGGCUGCGACGCGUCGGUGCUGCUGGACGACCCCACGGGCACCCCGGGCAACGCGACGGUGGAGAAGACCGCGCCGCCCAACUUCCCCAGCCUCCGUGGCUUCGCCGUCAUCAACCGCGCCAAGCGCGUGGUGGAGCGCCGCUGCCCCAGGACCGUCUCCUGCGCCGACAUCGUCGCCUUCGCGGCCCGCGACGCGGCCCGCAUCAUGGGCGGCAUCAGGUUCGCCAUGCCCUCCGGCCGCCUCGACGGCCGCGUCUCCAGCGCCUCCGAGGCCAUCGCCAACCUUCCGCCGGCCUCCUUCAACCUCACCCAGCUCGUCGCCCGCUUCGCGUCCAAGAACCUCACCGCCGCCGACGUGGUCACCCUCUCCGGCGCCCACUCCAUCGGCCGCUCCCACUGCUCCUCCUUCUCCGGCCGCCUGUACCCGCAGCUCGACCCCGCCAUGAACGCCACGCUCGGCGCCGCGCUCCGGGGUAGGUGCCCCGCCGCCACGGGCCGGCGCGACCGCGUCGUGGACCUCGACUUCAAGACGCCGCUGCAGCUGGACAACCAGUACUACCGGAACGUGCAGACCCACGAGGUGGUGUUCACGUCGGACCAGUCGCUCGUCGACCGCAACGACACGGCGGCGCUCGUCGCGCUCUACGCCGCCAACCGGAAGCUCUGGUCGCAGCAGUUCGCCGCCGCCAUGGUGAAGAUGGGCAGCAUCGAGGUGCUCACCGGGCCGCCAGGGGAGGUCAGGCUCAAGUGCAACAAGGUCAACUAAUCAUCACCAAGCUGCAGGGUAUAGGGAAUCACCAUCGGACACAUUCAAUUCAGAUCGACAGCUCAAAUCAGAGGCGCCAUCGAUGGAUCCAUGCUGCAUCCGUCUGCAUUAUUCAUGUGUACUUAAUUGUACUUGACAUGUACAUGUAUGGUCACUCCCCUUCCAUUCUGCCUUGUACUUAGAUAAUUACCACUCGCGCGCACGGUUGUAAGCUGUAACAUACGAGGAAGAGAGGGUAAAAUUGAUCGAUUUAAUCGGAAUGCAACAGCGAACAUUAUUGCUUUGAUUUUUUAAAAGAAAAAUGAAGAGCAACAACUUUUUUAAUCCA